AUGAAUGACAGCAGUGAGGGGAUCACAUUCUCAGUGCCCCCUCCACCCACCCAAGGGGUCUAUGUGGAUGACGACAAAAUUGGGCACAGGCAUCAAGGUGGAGUAUCAACCUCUGGAGGGGGCAGUAGGCUUCCUGCAGCUGGCAGUUUCUGGAGUGAGGACUAUAUACACGGUGCUGUGGGAGGAGCUGCUGCUCGAUGUGCCAAGGGCUUUCAUCAGGCUGCCACCAGUGUUGGCAAUACCCGAACCAUUACUGUAGUUUAUGUCAUCAAUGAAGGCAGCCAUGGACUGCAACAAAGUGAGCAUGCUGCUCUACACAGCCUGCAGGAGGCGUGCGAGAGCCAAGGGGUGGCUCUGGAGACCCUGCAGUUCGGCAAGCUGGACUUUGGGGAGACUACCGUGCUGGACCGCUUCUACAAUGCAGGUGAGACUACACAGGAUGGCUAUUAG